AUGACUUUCAAUCCCCUUGCUAUUAUUCUCAAAGAAAACAAACUGGUUGGACCUAAUUAUAUUGAAUGGAAAAGGAACUUGAACAUUGUACUGAUUGCAGAGGAGUAUAAGUAUGUGCUUGUAAAGGUAUGUCCACAGGAACCUGGUGAAGGGACAACCGAGGAGGAAACCCAGGCUUACCGGAGGUGGAUUAAGGCUGAUGAGAUGGCGCGGUGUUACAUUUUGGCAUCUAUGUCAAAUGUUCUGCAACAUCAGCAUCAGUCUGUGCCUUCUGCCUAUGAUAUAAUGCAGAACCUCAAAGAAAUAUUUGGGGAUCAAAAUUGUGCUGCUAGGCAGACUGUUAUUAAGGAACUUAUGAAUACUACUAUGGCAGAAGGGACCCCAGUAAGGGAUAAUGUUUUGAAGAUGAUUGGUCUUCUUAAUGAGCUAGAGAUCCUUGGAGCUGAAAUUGAUGGGGAAACCCAGGUCAAUAUCGUUCUCCAAUCGCUACCUGACAUUUGCAAGCAGUUUUUCCUGAACUACAACAUGAAUAAGCUCUCUUACUCAUUGGAAGAACUACUUAAAGAGCUUCAAGCAGCUAAGGGCCUUAUCAGGAAACCAACUAUUGCUUUUGUGACUGAGAAAGGUUCUUCUUUUAGGCUGAAAGAAGCAGAAAGGUUCAAAAACAACAGGGAGCUCCUCCAGUAG